ACGUGCCCUGGUAUAUACAAGACAUAACUCUUGGUUGAUAUUGCAGUCGGAGAAAGCAUUGACCAACUUCUUCGAUGGCUCCAGUGAAGCGACCCCGGGUGGAGUCGGAGACGUCGGCCGGCGCCGGAGGAGCUGCCCCUCCGGCCAGCAAGCGGCCCCGCGCCGUGUCAGCACGGAUAGACACCGGCCUGAGGGCGGGGCCGGAGGCGGGGGCGGCGGCCCAGCAGCCGCCCAGACAGCGAGCCCCGCUCAAACGGCCGCCCAUGGCCCCCCGUCAGUCGGGCCAGGACCGACCGACGAGCGUCCCUCGGGCCGCCUCAGUGCCGAAGAUGGCCACGCUGAACCGGCCUGCCACUGUCAGCAGCGAGCAGCUGGAGGCCUGGCGCGCGGCGCGCCGCCAGAAGCUGGCCGAGCGGAUCCUGCGCGGUCGCCAGGGCUCGGCCGACGCCGCCGCAGCCGCCGCCUGCCUGGGCCUGGGCGCCGAGCGACAGCGCGGCUCGGCACCGUCCCGGCCCCGCGCGGUGGCCUCCCGCGUGCUGCAGCCGCGGCCGACUGCCGCCGCUCCCAGCUCGGACGGCGGUGCGCGCAAACGACCUAUCGGCGCUGCAACCGCCUCGACGUCGGCUCAGCGGCCGUCCGGCGCCGCUGCGGCCCGGCCGCCGGUCCCCGGGGGCCCGCCGCCGACGGUGGGUGGUAUCCGGCUGAACAAGGCCGCCCAGCGGCGCCUGACGCUGAUCCAGGCUCGCCGGCAGCAGGCGGAGCGCGAUGCCGAGCGGCGCACCACGCUGGCGGCCCCGCCAGCUGCCCGCGCCGCCCGUCGGCCGGCGGUCCCCAGGCGCUCCCCGCCGGCUCCGACGCGCCGCUCGCCGCGCACCGUGCCCGGGUCGGCGCCGCGUGUCACCGCCGUCAAAGCAGGCCUCAGCAAGCAGCGCCUGGCCGCGCUGGCCAAACCCAAGCAGCCGGCGCAGCGGAAGACGUCACCGCCGCGCGCGGCCCGCAUUGUGAAGCCGGUCCAGCGCCGCGCGACUGUGGCGCCGUCUGUGGGCGGGUCGCUGGCGCCGCCGGCCGGCCUGCCCAACACGAUGCGCCGCUCGCUGAGCGCCAUGCACCGGUCGCGGUCGACCUCGGACCGCUCUGUGGCGGUGCACCGGCCGGCCGCCUCUGUGGCCGCCGUACCGAGGGAGGAUAACCUGGAUACCGCCGGCGCCACUGGUGGAGCUCCUCCCGCCAAGGCGCCUACUGAGGUGCCUCGAACGGCGCCGCAGCAGCAGUCGGCGACGCCAGGCCGCCCCCGUCCGUCCGCCACUCCGGCGAGGGGCCGUCCGUCCGCCACCCCGGCCCGCGGCCGUCCGUCUGCCACUCCAGCCCGAGGCUUCCCAUCUGCGAGCCGGCCCCGUCUGCCGACUGAACAGACUCUCCAGGAGCGCCUGGAGCAGUGGCUGGCGCGCCGCGGCAAGCAGCUCAGCUCGUUCAUGCACCUGCACUGUUUCGGCAGCGAGCUGACGCAGCCGACGCCGUCGCGCGCCCAAGCGGCCAAGGCCCGCUGCUCGGCGGCUCCCCGAGUCCAGCUGGACCCCGGCUCUCCUCCGCUCAGGGCCACCCCUACAGUGAAAGUCUCGCCAACCACGCCUGUGACGACUGCUAAGGCGACACCGGCGGCUGCGAGGAAGGGGGCGCCACAGACGCCCGAUGCCGCAUCCGGUGGCGAGGAACGUAUGGACAACGUGCUCUCCGACUUGCGGGAGCUGCAGGAGCUGGGUCUGCCCUCGGACCAGGUGGUCAGCUGGCUGGAGCGGCUCUCACGGGACCCGGUGUCGGCCGGCCGCGCCCGCUACUGGCUGUGCCGCGCCUCGGCUGCCGAGCGGGACGGUCAGCUCGACACGGUGCUGCACUGCUUCCGACAGGCGUCACACGCCCAGGCUGAGCCGGUGGCGGAGCUGAUCUCCGGACUGGAGAACUUCGUGAAGCGCGCCGCCAGUGCUCCGGCCGCCCCGGGCACGCCUCAGGAGGCCUCUGAGGACGCCGAGAACGCCCCUCCGCCGGCGGACGCGGACGGCACGCCGGGACCAGGGCGCCGGCGUCGCGCCGAGACCCGCACCCCGCGCCGCCCGCUGCUCGACAGAAGCAAUGUGUUCGACUCGAGCGUGAUCAAGUACGCGCUCGUGGACGAUGAGACGGUGCUGAAGAAACUGGCGGCGCUGCGUCUGGGCGCUGCCGGGGAGGCUCCGAGCGGUAUCCUCUCGGUUAUCACGCCGGUGCGCCGCUCCACGCGCCAGAGGUCGGCCAAGCUGCUGGCCAACCCGCACAUGGCGCUCUUUGACUCUGUGGAGGCUAUCUCGGAGUCGCUGCGCCGCUCAGCACUGUUCCGUAAGAACAGCGCCCUAAUGAGCCCCUGAACAGGGUGAGAGAAAGGCGGCGGGGAUGAGCUGCAGCUGGCGAGGGGUCAGGAAGCGCACAGAUGGUGAGUGUUGGGAAGGAGCUUGUCAAGGGAGGAACUCGGUGUGAGCUAUCGUGGACCAAAUGAGUUAGACUGGUCCGACGAAUGUCCGAUGUUGUGUCGAACGUCUCGAACGUACCGCGGUAUGGUAAUCGGCUCAGCUAGAUAGUCGCUCCUCCAGCCGCCCCGUUUCUCGUUUAGCAGUCCAGCGUGCUAAUCGCUGGCAGCAGCAAAAAGAUCAGCACGCAAACUAUUAGUUUUAAUCAUUAUCAACUAUCAAGGGAAUAUGUAUUUGCUCCUGCUUUUAGGCGUUCACCCAAUAAAUGCUGUGUAACGACCGCGACCGACGAAAAACCACGAAGAAGUGGUUUUUAGUCACGAUUUAGUAAAGUAGAUGCGUCGACUACGAACCGUUUAGGGGUCUUAUAACCGCUUAACAUCGUCGUAAAAAAGGACGUUUUCGGGAAGUGUUGAUGUGCCUCGACCAUGCAUGCAGCGCUACAGUUUCGCACCUUUUAGCCCCUGUAAUCGUUAACGUUUACUCCUUCCGCGUCUAUCGGCCUUGAGUGCCUCCGCGUUUGUUGCACACCAAGCAGCUGCUGUAUCGCCAAUAAACAUCUGCCUCCUGCAA